CGCUCUCGCGAGAGCGGGGCGGGCACGGGCCGGAAGCGGAAGCGGCGGCGGCCGGUGCGGCGGCGGCCCCGAGGAUGCUGCGGCUGCGCUGCAAGGCCCGGAGCGGCUCGCACGCGCUGCCGGGGCUGUCGCCGCACUCCCGCCUCCGCGACAUGCAGGCCGCGCUCGCCGCGCUCACCGGAGUGCCCGCGCCCGCACAGCGCCUCCUGCACGGCUUCCCGCCGCGCAGCCUCGACCUCAGCGACGGCGAGCGGCGGCUGGGCGAGCUCGGCAUCCACUCGGGUGACACUCUGAUAGUGGAAGAGGACACAUCCAAACCCGAGCCGGGCUCGCCGGUGGUGGCCAAGAAAGCGAUGUCCCAGCCCGUCAGGGAAGCCGUGCCCGUGCUGGCCAGGAGGGUGGUGCCAGCAGACAAUUCCUGCCUGUUCACCAGCAUCUUCUACGUGGUGGAGGGCGGCGUGUACGACCCUGGCUGCGCCCCGGAGAUGCGCAACCUCAUCGCCCAGAUCGUGGCCAGCGACCCCGAGUCGUACUGCGAGGCCGUGCUGGGCAAAACCAACAGGGAAUACUGUGACUGGAUCCGCAGGGAGGAGACCUGGGGAGGAGCCAUCGAGGUGUCCAUCCUGUCCAAGUUCUACCAGUGCGAGAUCUGCGUGGUGGACACGCAGACCGUGCGCAUCGACCGCUUCGGCGAGGACGCGGGCUACAGCAAGCGCGUGCUGCUGAUCUACGACGGCAUCCACUACGACCCCCUGGAGCGCCGCCUGCCCGCCUCGGACCUUCCUCCCCAGACCAUCUUCCCCAGCAGCGAUGACGUGGUGCUGGCGCAGGCUCUGGAGCUGGCGGAUGAAGCCCGCAGGAAGAGGCAGUUCACGGAUGUGAAUCGCUUCGCCCUGCGCUGCAUGGUGUGCCAGAAGGGACUGACGGGGCAGCUGGAGGCCAGGGAGCACGCCAGGGAGACUGGACACACCAACUUCGGGGAGGUGUGAGCUCAGCAGCACGAGGAGGGUGCCAUCGACUACCUCAGCGCUCCGGAAUCAGAUUCUGGAGUCUCAGAUAAGCUGUUUGUAAUCAUAAAAUUCCGUUCACAGAGCUUGAAAAGCUUAUUAACUAAUUAACUAAAUUAACUUCAUGGUGGCCAACGCGCAGGUUUGGGAGUAGGGGAUGGGGAGUAGGGAUGGCACUUGGGCUGGUGGUGGACAGUGGCAGCCACACCUUGAUUUCAUCACCUUCUGUGUGUGUGUGUGUGAGUGAGAUCUGAGCAGACAGACACAGCCAGGCUUGUCCAGCACUGCUGUAAAAUCCAUCUCUGAGGUGCUGAAUGUGAGACCUGAGCAGACAGACACAGCCAGGCUUGUCCAGCACUGCUGUAAAAUCAAUCUCUGAGGUGCUGAAUGUGUGACCUGAGCAGACAGACACAGCCAGGCUUGUCCAGCACUGCUGUAAAAUCCACCUCUGAGGUGCUGAAUGUGUGACCUGAGCAGACAGACACAGCCAGGCUUGUCCAGCACUGCUGUAAAAUCCAUCUCUGAGGUGCUGAAUGUACAUUUUCAGGGGAAUUCAGUUAAUAUGAGGCUUUGGGAAACACACAUAUCAGCAUCACUCACACUGAGAAUUGGGCUCUGCUCAUAUGUGCAGCUCUCAGAGGGGAAACUGCUCGUGUGGUGCAUGACUUAUAAUAGAAAUACCAAGUAAAAUAUCAAAAUACCAUUUGUAGUAGAAAAAGGAUCUCUGAGCUGCCCUACACCAUCAGGAAUAGACUGUGUAGUUUGUGUGCAGAGAACUUUAGGGAAAGCAAUGGCCUCUAAGCUUUAAGGUAGCCUUUAAAUUAAUGAGUAGAUGGAUAAGUGUUGAAUACAACUUAUUAAUCCUCCGUAGGUAGUUUUUAGUUGCUUGAAAAAUAACUCUCAACCCCCUGGUGUUUACACUGCAUCAGAGCAUAAGCAUGUUUCCUGGAAUACUUGGGAUUCUUCUUCAUAAUAGCAUUGGAAAUUCCUGCAAGAGGGAAGUGAGUAGUUAGGGAAGUGACUUAAUUUGCAUCUGUUAAAUGCAUUGAAUAUUUUACUUGAGCCAAUUAAGGCCAUGGUGUUACUAAGCUGUUCCAGUUUCCAAAUACUGUGAAUGAGCACUUUAAGGUUGAGUUCUCACUCUUUGCUGGUCAAAAGUUUUGCCCUCUGAAGGCCAGAGCCAGAAGGGAGGCUUGAAAUUCCAUCUGCUUUCUGCCUUAAUGUGUUUGAUUUGUCACCACUGCCUGUGGAGUAGCAAGACUUUCAUUGUGAUAAUGAGAUAUCACAGCUGAAUAUUCAGAUGAAAAUAAGCUGGGGGAAGUGCCCCACUCCUUGGACUGUUCAGAAUCAGGGAAGGUAAAAUUGGGUUAAUUGGAAUUAUUUUACCUCACAGUGAAGCUUGACAGGAAGUGCUUUUGAGGGCUUUUAAAAGGUGCUGUAAAGGUGCAUAUUACUGAAGGGGAUUUUGGUUUUAUUUUAUUUUUCUUUGAAAUGCCUGCAACACAUCCUUGUUUCUUGAAUUUUAAAAUAGCCUUUGCCUGCCAUUCUUCUGUUACUGUUUUGAGUGACCUUCCUUGUACUUUUAGGCUGGGGAACAAGAAGGAGCAUGCUCAGACUGAGGCAGAAAUAAACCCACUUUGCACGUGGGUUUAACCUAAAACCCAGUUUGAAAGGGCUCUGUUCCCUCAGGCACCUGCCCAAACUGGUGCAGCCAUACCACCUUUUCUGCAAAAAUCCCAUUUCUAGGAUUCUCAGCAGAGGCUCCCAGUUGGAUCCUGAAAUACAGGAGGGUUGUACUGAAGAAAGAACAUAAUUACUUAAGUGCUUUGCUGAAUUAAGGCAUGAAUAAUGAAACAGCCCAGGAUCACCCAGAGCACUGUGGACCUGGGUUUGUUUUUAAUUCAGUAUAAAACACACAUUAGCACUGUUGGGAGUUCCCUACAGAAACCCACUUAGCCUCCAGUGUUAAACCCUGCUCUGCUUUGAGCCUGUCAUUAGGAAAAGGAGAUAAAACCCCCCAAAACCCAACAUUAACCCAGCCCUGCAGAAGCUGAUGCUUAAACCCCUCCAGAAGUAGCUGACAGUUCAAAGGAACUUGAAGAUGACACUGUGUUCUAACUCCUUGAGCUGAAAUAGUGGCUAGGAAGGAGAGCAAGAGCCUGGUGAGCCCCAGGUGUGCUCUCAGCUCUCCCAGGGCAGCAGGGCCAUGCCUGGGACAAGGAGCUGAGCCUCCCCCUUUGCCAUCUGUCACAUGGACACAAUACCUACCUCAGAGAGGUGCACCAGGUGUCUGAAACACACGUGGAAGAUCCAUAUUUAUUGUCUGCCUUGACUUUGGGGAGCAACCCUUAGAUUUUAGCUUUGUGUCCUGGAUGGAUUUCUCAAAGUGUGUGAAACUUUUUUUUUUUUUUUUCUUUUUCCCCCUGGUAUUUCUCAGUUGCAGUAUUUGAAAAAUGAGCUUUAUUUAAUCCAGAGUGUUGAGCUUUGCUAGAUCAUGUUUGCAUUGGGAAUCUGCUACCAGAGAAUCAGUUCCCUUGGAGGGAGACGUGUCACUAUCACUGCUUGGAUGUUCUCUUUUGUUGCCUAGAAAAAUAAAAUCUCUUUGGUUAAAAAAGA